AUGCCCGUUGCGAACAAGCUCGCUCAUGGCAUCGAUGAGGUCGAUAUCAUCAUCUGUGGAGGAGGUCUCGCAGGCUGUGUUGUCGCUGGACGUCUUGCAGCCGCCGACCCUCAACUCUCGAUCUUGGUCAUCGAAGGGGGCGCAAACAACGCGGACAACCCUCUUACCCGAACGCCUGCUCUGUUCCCAGCCAACCUUGUGCCUAACAGCCGGACAGCGUUGUGGUAUAAGUCAGAGAGAAGCGAUGCACUUGCGGGCAGAGAAUGCCCCAUAUUGACAGGCGGCGUACUCGGAGGGGGCAGUAGUAUUAACGUCAUGCUGUACUCGCGAGCCCACAAGGGUGACUUUGACGAUUGGGACGUGCCAGGUUGGCGCAUGGACGAUAUGAUACCAUACAUGCGAAAGACUGAGACGUACCAUGGCCCUGGGAAGAUGGACACGCACGGUUCUUCCGGGCCCCUGCACAUACGUCCCGGACCGGUAUGGUGCAAGAGAAGCGGAGAAGAUAUUCUGAGCGCUGUUCAAGAUGUCGGCUUCUCAGUGGUGAACGAUCUCCAGGAUCCUACUACUGGCGAUCUCGGCUUUGCGCCCAGUCUCACCACGAUUGGCGCAGAUCAGCUACGGCUUGACGCCGCUACGACCUAUCUUCAUUCACUACUACGGGACGGUAAGCACCUGAAUCUCCACGUCUUGUGCGAGAGUAAGGUCAGCCGUAUUCUGUUCGAUGACAGCAAGCGUGCGGUCGGCGUCGAGUACACGCCGAAUCCGGAUUUCCAAAUCGCAUCCACUGCGACAGCACGACCGCGCAUGACUGUGAAAGCGCGCAAAAUGGUCGCCCUAUCCUGCGGUGCGCUGGGUUCGCCUCUUGUGCUUGAGCGCAGCGGAAUUGGCAGCGAGAAGGUUCUAGCCGAAGCGAAUGUGCCUGUCGUGGCUGCUGUGCCGGGCGUUGGAAGCAACUACCAGGACCAUAACCUCGUAACAUGGUCAUACAAAACACACCUGAAACCUGAAGAGACGUUAGAUGGCUUGUUGAGCCAACGCAUGUCCGCCGAAGAGGCCGGCAAAGUGGGCUUGCUGGCCUGGAGCGCUACUGACAUACAUGCAAAGAUCCGUCCCACGGAGGCAGAAGUCGACAUGCUAGGACCGAAGUUCCGCAGCGCGUGGGAGAAGGAUUUCUGUGCCAAACCAUGGAAGCCAUCCGUACUUAUAGCAACUGCGAAUGCCUUUCCCGGUGAUCCAUCGCUUGUACCGGCCGGUCAGUACUUCUCGAUGACCGCCUACACAGCCUACCCACAAGCUCGUGGCAGCAUACACAUCACAGGACCGGAUUGGGAGGAUGCACCCAAAUUCCGCACCGGGUUUCUCGAAAAUGAUGUUGAUGUAAAACACUUGGUCUGGGCAUACAAGAAGUGCCGCGAGAUCAUGCGCCGAACCACCAUGUACCGUGGAGAGCUGGCGCAGGUCCAUCCAAAAUUCCCUACUGGCUCAAAAGCAGCGUUGAUCGAGACCGAUGAACCACUCACCUCGCAAGGCAACGUGACCGACCUUACAUAUAGUGCGGAGGAUGACCAAGCCAUAGAGCAAGAUCUGCGGGAGCGCGUGGGCACGACGUGGCAUUCGAUGGGCACAUGUAGGAUGGGUCCACAAGAUGAAGGCGGCGUGGUGGACGAGCGUUUGAAUGUAUACGGCGUGAGGGGUCUCAAGGUCAUCGAUCUGAGCAUUCCGCCUCGGAAUGUGGGAGCCAACACCCAAAUGACCGCUUAUGCCCUUGCGGAGAAGGGCGCAGACAUUCUACUCCACGAGCUCGGCUUGGUCCAAACAGAAGUAUAG